UGAGGCUCGUGGACCCUCCCGGCUGCAGCGGAGUGGCUGUAACCCUGGAACAGGAUCUGCUUGUUUUGUCCCGGCGGGCAGUUCCGGGAGAAACGCCCGGCGGGGUUAGUGUCGGCGGGGCAGGUGUGUGCGCAGGAAAAACAAAAAAAUGACACGACAACGCAUCAACCAAAAGGUUUUACUGGCUCUGCUGGUGCUGGUUCCGCUCCUGGUUAUUAUCAUCACCUUGGUUCUGCCGGAUGACAGCAUCACCUUCAUGGCUGAAUGGCGCCGUGAUCUUUCUGAAGGCUUUGACAGAUCCAGGCUGAUCUCCAAGACCUCUUCUAAACCAUCAGGCGUCUCGUGUUCCUCACAGAGACGUUGCCCAGACGAUCACAUCAGUUUCUUCAUCCACAGUGGAGCCGCCAACGUCAUGGCUCCAAAGAUCUGCAUCCAGAACAAGAUGGUCCUUGGAUCAGUGAUAAACAACGCUGGAUAUGGAAUAAACAUUGUUGUACUAAAUGGUAAAACAGGGGAGGUCAUAAAGAUCGGUCACUUCGACAUGUACAGCGGAGAGGUGAAACCUCUCCUGGAAGUCCUGAAGAGCAUCGAGAACGGUUCUAUUGUCCUGAUGGCGUCUUAUGACGACCCCUCCACAAAGUUAAAUGAAGAUGUGAGGAAGCUGAUCGCUGAGCUGGGAAGCUCUGAGAUCAAGUCCCUGGGCUUCAGAGAUAACUGGGUGUUUGUCGGGGGGAAAGGAGCAGCAGUGAAGAGCAACUUUGAGAAGAUCAUGAAGAACGACAACGCCAAGAAUAAAUACGACAACUGGCCCGAGCUCAUCGAACUGCAAGGAUGCAUCCCGAAGUACCUGGAGUGACCCGGAGUGACCCGGAGUGACCCGGGGUGACCCGGGGUGACCCGGAGUGACCCGGAGUGACCCGGAGUGACCCGGGGUGACCCGGAGUGACCCGGAGUGACCCGGGGUGACCUGCUGCGUCCUGAAACCAGGAACCACACCAGGAACACUCAGCAGGGGAAACUCACCUGGGAACAGGUGAUAUGAUGAGACUUUGUUGAAAGUAGAAUGUGGACGAAGCAUGAAAACCUGACAGAGAACUACAGUCUGGUAUGUAAAUUACUGGAUGAUAUAAUGUGAAUGUUACUGAGACGGCUGAAUGCUGACACAGGUAAAUGUUUCCUCUGCUUGUCCAGGUGUCACAUUUCUAUUGGACGUGCACGUUACAUCUGAAAGAAUGUCAAAGCUUAGAUGGAAAUGUUAGAUUAGUUGGGUGGAGCUGUUCUUUGGAAAAUAAACUGGAGUCAUGUCGACUGUUCUCUUCUGUCUGAGUCUGGAUACAUGUUCUGUAAUUGUAUGACGAAUGUAUGACUACAUCUGUUUAUUAUUGUAAUAACUAAAUGUUUUUAAUUACUGUAGUAAAGUAAUAAAGGGAUUUUAAAUGCU